GGACAAAAAUCAUGUGCACACAAAACAGCCAGCAUGUGUGAUGUGAAGUUUUAGCUAGCUAACUCGCAUCAGUUAACUCAAUCAAGACAGACGCGUUUUGGGUUUAUCUCGUUUGUAUGAGACUUGUGUAACUUAACCAAUUUAGAUGUCGUACUGUUAAUUUUAAAAAGCCAACACUGACACGAGGUACAACUGCACAGCUAGCAUUAACCUCAAAAAAACGAUAGCUAACGUUAGCUAGCAAACCGGUUAACUUGAUAGCUGACCUGACGACACACUCCCCACGACUACAGUCCUGUAGUCAUUCAAAGUUAGCGUUACUUUAACUUGUAUAUAUUAAGUGAAAGUGGUCAGGGCAUUUCAAGAAAUAGCAUCGUUCUAUCUAGUUAUGGACGAGGAAGAUUGUCCCGAGCUGGUGCCCAUUGAAAAAACGACGGAUGGACCAUCUUCGCAAAUACCUGUCACAAUAAUCACUGGCUAUUUAGGUGCAGGGAAGACGACUCUGCUGAAUUACAUCUUAACUGAGCAGCACAGUAAACGAAUAGCUGUCAUUUUAAACGAAUUUGGCGAAGGUAGCGCUCUGGAAAAGUCUCUGGCUGUCAGCCAGGCUGGGGAGCUCUAUGAAGAGUGGCUGGAGCUCAGGAACGGCUGCCUCUGUUGCUCUGUCAAAGACAACGGGCUAAAAGCAAUAGAAAAUCUCAUGGAGAAGAAGGGGAAGUUUGACUACAUUCUUCUGGAGACCACUGGAUUGGCUGACCCAGGAGCGGUAGCCUCCAUGUUCUGGGUUGAUGCUGAACUUGGGAGUGAUGUGUAUUUGGAUGGCAUUGUCACGGUAAUUGAUGCAAAAUAUACAAUGCAGCAACUGACAGAGGAGAAACCAGAUGGGCUUGUCAAUGAAGCCACAAGACAGGUGGCUCUUGCAGAUCUUUUAAUUAUUAAUAAAACGGACCUUGUGAGUGAACAGGAAUUAAGAAAAGUGAGGGACACUGUUGGAUCCAUAAAUGGACUUGUUAGAAUUCUAGAAACGCAAAAGGCAAGAGUUGACUUAUCCCAAGUGCUAGAUUUGCAUUCUUUUGAUAUUAAAGAUGUAACAAGGUUGUCUGAAAAACUACAGCUUGUGAAGUCUACACAUCCACAUCUAGACAAGAGUAUCUUAACAGUAACAGUUGAAAUGCCAGGGGAUGUCUCUGAAGAUCGGCUGAACCUGUUCAUUCAGGACCUUCUGUGGGAAAAGAACUUGAAGAAUAAAGAGGGGUCACCUAUGCAUGUCAUUCGCUUAAAGGGCAUUUUGUCCAUCGAGGGUAAGGGCCAGCGGGUGAUGUUGCAGGGGGUUCAUGAGCUUUACGAGCUGGAGGAGACCCCCGAGGCCUGGGGGCAGGAAGAACCCAGAGUCAACCGUCUCGUCUUCAUAGGGAGAUAUCUGGAUCGAGACAUUCUACGGGCUCAGUUCACUACCACUCUCCUAAAUAAGGAGGAUAGUAAGACAUGAAACAUUGCAUUCAUUUCAAGUUAGAUUUGUUAUAAAAAAAAAAAAAAGUAAAUAAUUUGUUAAGUGAGUGCUCCCUCAACUAUAAGGACCAGACAAGCUGUUGUAAGGGUUCAGGAGAUUCAGCUCACUUAACACUUCUAAAUUUGACUGAAUCUGAUGUCAAUUGUCUUAAAGCAGAAUGAUACUGCGUUUAUAUGUAUGUCAUGGUUUCGAGAGAAUUGAUUAUUGUGAUUUGGUGGAUCUCUAUGUAGAUCAUGAUCUUAAUUUGCAGAAUUCUUGUCUUUGAUGAUGUUUUCAGAGUAUAUAUAUAUGGGGGUAGGGUUUUAGCAGGCUACGUGGAAUCUGAUCUGGUUCUUUGGAAUGCCUGCCUCGUCUUUGCUGUGUUUUGUGUGUUUUUUUUUUUAUUAUUAUUAUUAUUGAGAUGACAAUUUUAUAGUUUUGUAGCAUUUUCUUAUAGUCUUGCAUUUUCUUGAAUCUGUCCCCGAUGUCAAAAUUAAACUGAGUAGGACGUGAUAUAAUACUGAAAUGUCAUCUUAAUUUUUCAAAACGUACAGAAACAUUAUUCAUUUAACAUGUAAUGCAGUACAGCUGUACAACUUUUGUGGACAGCUCAGUAAAAACAGUGAUUCAUACAUAUA